GUCACGCGGCGUGGGCGGUGACGCGGGCCCGCCCGCUUUAAGCGCCGCCUCGGCGGGGCGGCCGCGCUCCGCUGGCGGAAGUGAAGAUGGCGGCGGCGUCUGACCUGCUGACGGGAUGGUGCCUCUUCGGCCUGGCGCUGCUGGCCAUUUUAAUUUUCUGCUGGGUUUAUGUGCGCAAGUAUCAGAGUCGGCGGGAAAGUGAAGUGGUUUCUACCAUAACAGCGAUUUUUGCCUUGGCCGUUGCUCUUAUCACGUCAGCACUCCUGCCAGUGGACAUAUUUUUGGUCUCAUACAUGAAAAACCAAAAUGGUACAUUUAAGGUGUGGGCUGAUGCUAAUGUUUCAAGACAAAUUGAAGACACUGUGCUUUAUGGGUAUUACACUCUGUACUCGAUCAUUCUGUUCUGUGUCUUUCUUUGGAUUCCCUUUGUCUAUUUCUAUUAUGAGGAGAAGGAAGAAGAUGAUGGCAACACAUGCUCACAGGUUAAAACUGCGCUCAAAUACACUCUGGGAUUCAUCACAGUUUGUGCAGUUCUUCUGUUAAUUGGUGCUUUUGUUCCUUUGGAUAUUCCCAACAAGAAGAAUUCCACAGAGUGGGAGAAAGUGAAGCUCCUGUUUGAAGAAUUUGGAAGUAGUCAUGGCUUGACUGCACUUUCGUUUUCCAUUAGUUCCUUGACUGUGAUUGGAAUGUUGGCAGCUAUCACUUACACAGCUUAUGGUAUGUCAGCUUUGCCACUAAACUUGAUUAAGGGAACUACCAGUGCAUCUUAUGAACGUUUGGAGAACACUGAAGAUAUUGAAGAAGUGGAGCAACAUUUACUGAGGAUUAAAUCAAAGUGUAGAGAUGGUCGUCCUCUGUCAUCGAGGGAUAGACGGACUUUACAACAACUGGAGGAGAGGUUAAGGACACUUAGAAGGAGAGAGAGGCAUCUGGAGUCUAUUGAGAAAAGCUGGUGGACAAAAGCUUGUGAAGCUAUUCGACCUCUAAAGAUCGUGUGGGGAGUGUUUUUCAUCAUUGUGGCAUUGCUCUUCACUGUGUCUCUGUUCCUGUCAAAUUUGGACAAAGCUCUGCAUUCGGCUGGCUUUGACUCAGGAUUUAUAAUUCUGGGAACUAAUCUGACCAAUCCAUUGAAUAUGUUGUUACCAGUUCUUCAAAGAGUUUUUCCACUUGAUUAUAUUCUUAUCACAACCAUUGUUAUGUACUUUAUCUUCACUUCAAUGGCAGGCAUUCGAAAUAUGGGAAUAUGGUUCUUCUGGACAAGGCUUUAUAAAAUCAGACGAGGAAAAACUCGACCUCAAGCACUCUUAUUUCUCUGUAUGAUACUUCUGUUGAUAGUUCUUCAUACAAGUUACAUGAUUUACAGUCUUGCCCCACAGUAUGUAAUGUAUGGAAGCCAGAAAUACCUGGUUCAGAGUAAUAAGACAAUUGAUGGUCAGCCAGGGAAUGUGACACUUGUGUCUAAAAACUGUGAUGCAGAUGCACCUGAAGAUCAGUGUAUUGUCACUCGGACAUACCUCUUUCUUCAUAAAUUUUGGUUCUUCAGUGCAGCCUAUUACUUUGGGAACUGGGCAUUCAUUGCAGUCUUUUUAAUUGGAUUAAUUGUUUCAUGCUGCAAAGGCAAGAAAUCAGUCAUUGAAGGUGAAGUAGAUGAUGAUGAUUCAGAUAUGAGUGAUGAUGAGCCGUCUGUUUAUUACCAUUGACAGCCUUUUGCCUUCAAGAUGAAAAAAUGUCAGGUUAUGUUGAGAGUCAUGCCCAUGUGGAACUCACAUCCAGAUAAGCAUCUUUGCACCUGUAAAAAUAAAUGAAAUUAGUGUACUCACUUGAAGGGAUAAAAAACCUGAAUAUCCCUUUGAGUAUCACUGUUAAAUGAGAUCAAAUGUUGAAGCUGACUUGGAGUAAUAUAUAGAAAAUAUUGUUUUAUCAUAAAACAUGUGUAACCUUCUGAUGUAUAAUUUGAUGAACUGUUGUAACUAUUUCAUAAUUCACAAUGCUUUUCUGUUAACUUAGAUUUUCUUAAAUACUUUCAUGCUGAACUUGUAGGACUUUUUUAUUCAUAAAUACAUAAAUACAACUAAAAUCCUGCAAAACAGUGAAAAUAGUGCAGGAAAGAUUUGGAUGAAGUUCACACUCUCAGAAGGACUUGACUUUUGUAUUAGUUUUUCUGGAAUUUCUGUAUAAUACAAGAGCUAACAAGAGACUGUCCAUUAAAGUAUGCCAAAAAUAUUAUUUAAAUGGUGAGUUUCCCAUCUGUGAAAAGUAAGUAAUUUUCAUACUGUGAUCUCCACUAAGUUACCGUGGAAAUCCUCAAGUAACUAUGAGAUGGCUUUUGCUCUCUCAAAGGAGAUCAUAGUGUAAAUUACAAUAUUCAGCACUGUUGCAGUGUUUUAGUAUGGUUCAGUUCUGAAACUUCCAGGUGCCUGAUCUAGUCAUAACCAAUGGAAUUAUUAAGAUGUGAUUAAUUUUUAACUUAUUUUUCUCUUUAAUGCAAAUUGUCUAGUUUGAAGUUCUUUCAAUAUUUAAAGUAAAUGUUGUCAACUUGUUUACAAACCAAUAUGUUUAUAUAAACACAGUUCAGAAAUAUUUGUCAUUCGUGUUGUCUUUGUGCAUUAAUCUUAUUUUAGCUAUAUAUAGUUACUGAGCUAUGUUUCUAAGGAUGAAAAAAAUCUUUAUAUACCCUUUGACAGACUCUGAAAGAGAAAAUGUUUACAAGGACAGGUUAAGCUUCUAAUGCUACCUGGGAGACAUUACAAGUCUAUGCAAGCACAUGGAAAUGUUAUUCGGUAGUCUUUUAUAAGACUAAUUGUGAAAUAGUUAUUAGAAUGUAGGGUAGUUAUUAAUAUUAUGUCCUGCUUUCAUGUUUGCAAGCACUAAAGUUAUUUCAAGAACAAUCUGCCUAUUUCUGCAGUAUUUCAGAACAGUAGGCUCUCAGGAACUUCUAAUUUAGUUUCAGUAUUGGAGGAGGUCUUAGGUGAGUUGUGUAGUUUGUGCAGGAAUGCAGGGGACUAGUGUUUGGAAUAUAGGAACAAAAAAAACCUGAUGUCUUUUAACAAGCUUUCUGUGCCAACUGCUCCAGUAAUAUAAAUGUUGAUGUGGCAAUGUGGAAGAAUCACACACAGAAUAAGCUGAGUUGGAAGGGACCCACGUGGAUCAUAGAGUCCAUCUCCUGGUGUUGUAGGUGGCUCAUAAGCUGAAAAUAUGCUUUCGAGUCAGGUCUGCUCAACUAAUAUCAAUCAAUCAGUUUGCUACCAGUGUGACAUUUGAAAGGGCAGAAAUGUAUUCAAACACUGAGAGUAGGUACUGAAAUUUGACUAGGCAGUCUGAGCUGUCUGACUAGAAUUAGCUGAAUAUUAUUUAAACAUGACAACUGGGGAAACUUGCAAGGAAUUAGUUAUAAGGAGUUCAAGUAAUUCAAACAGAAGGUAGAAUGUGAUGGUGACUGUCUGGAAGCUGCAUCCAGAGCAUAGGAAGAACUUGGAGUAUACUUAUUUGUAGAUGGCCUGGUGGAAAACUUACAUGAGCUAAUUUAAAUAAAGUUAACUGCUCAGA